CUUCAUGAGCAUUUUUAACUCAGAAGUGCCGCUGAUGAAUGACUCAGUUGUUCGUCCUGUUAUCAAAACCUAUUUUGAGCCUGAGAGGGUUGAUUUGAAAGAUCUAGUUUUGCAACUGAAUUCCUUAUUUUUACACAAUAUUCUAGCAGCUGUUCUUUUUUAUUUUCGUAUUUCAGCUGAUGCUACGUGACCCCAGAUGACCUCUUCUGUCUAAAAAUCUCCUUUUGUUCAUAUGAAGCGUCCAUGCAGCCUUAAACCACUCCAGUUUAUUUGCGCUUAUUCGGCUUUAGUUUGACCUAUUUUCCCUGACGUGAGCUAAAUAAUUUCACCGAUGAAACCUCCAACCUGCGUCUGUUCGCGUCUUCCGCGCUGCUUCAGCGCCAUAACCGUAUUUCGGAUGGAUCAGAGGGAGCUGUGCUAUAUGGGCGCCGUUCCUCCAGCGGAAACCCGCCAGCUGGAAUAAAGAAUCCGGAAAGGACGAUUUGACCCGAAAACCUGCGUCAGAUUUCGGUGAUGUGUAGCCACAGCCGCCCUGGCGCAGUCUGACAGAGAGGUGAGGUUACCAUUUGCACCAUCGGCCUCUCUGACCACACCAACUGGACAAGUUGGGUGAAGCAUCUUGCUCAGGGACACAAAAGAAGCCCCCUUGGAAUGAAACGGUGACCGUGAGGAUUUUUACGUGAAUCAGAGAGUGACUCCGGGGUUCGUGGCUCCUCUGGGCGGGGGCAUGGACUUGGCGUUUUGUGGCAACAACAAGGAUCUUCAGCCCUACAGAGUAGAGGACGGUGUGCUGAAUAAUGGGUGCUUCGUGGAUGCUCUCAACCUGGUUCCUCAUGUUUUCCUGCUCUUCAUCACCUUCCCCAUCCUCUUCAUUGGUUGGGGAAGUCAGAGCUCCAAGGUACAAAUCCAUCACAACACAUGGCUUCAUUUUCCCGGCCAUAACAUGAGGUGGAUCCUCACAUUCCUGCUGCUUUUCGUCCACGUAUGUGAGUUUGCAGAAGGAAUCGUCUCUAGCAAGGUUAUGGGCAACAACCACCUCCACUUGUUCAUGCCAGCGUUCAUGGGCUUCAUAGCAGCUACGACAUCAGUGGUUUAUUACCACAACAUAGAGACGUCCAACUUCCCCAAACUGCUGCUGGUACUUUUCAUUUACUGGGUUCUGGCGUUCAUCACAAAGUCCAUAAAGCUGUGGAAGUUUGCCGAGUUCAGUGUUGGACCGCAGCACCUGAGGUUCUGCAUCACGGCUCUGUUGGUGGUCCUGUAUGGACUUCUGAUGGCCGUGGAGAUCAACGUCAUCCGAGUCAGGAAAUACGUGUUCUUCACCAGCCCUCAGAAGGUUAAACCACCUGAGGAUUUACAGGAUUUGGGGGUUCGCUUUCUGCAGCCAUUUGUUAACCUGCUCUCUAAGGCGACAUAUUGGUGGAUGAAUCCUCUCAUCAUCGGAGCUCAUAAGAGGCCAAUUGAGCUGAAGAAGAUUGGCAAGCUGCCCAAAGCCAUGAGAGCCCUCACCAACUACCUGCGACUCAAAGAUGCUUACGAGGACCAAAGGACAGCUGAGGACCCGGAUCAAGCGCCGUCGAUCUGGCGCUCCAUGUAUCGAGCGUUUGGCCGACCCAUCCUGCUCAGCAGCACCUUCCGUUACCUGGCAGACCUGCUGGGCUUUGCCGGGCCGCUCUGCAUCUCUGGUAUCGUUAAAUACCUGGAAGAAAAAGACAAAGAUGCUUCAGCGGACAAGAUAAAAGAAACGUAUUUAGGUGUCUACUUCAUGUCCACCACCGAGCUUCUGCAGAACAGCUCAGUCCUGGCUGUUCUUCUCUUCUUGGCUUUGAUUCUGCAAAGAACCUUCCUGCAGGCUUCUUAUUACGUCACCAUCGAGACGGGCAUCAACCUACGAGGAGCACUACUGGCGAUGAUUUACAACAAAAUCCUGCGUCUGUCCACUUCUAACAUGUCGAUGGGUGACAUGACGCUGGGCCAAAUAAACAACCUGGUGGCCAUAGAGACCAAUCAGCUGAUGUGGUUCCUCUUCCUCUGCCCCAACCUCUGGGCUAUGCCCGUUCAGAUUGUGAUGGGGGUGAUCCUGCUUUACUACCUGCUGGGUUGGAGCGCUUUGAUAGGAGCAUCUGUCAUCGUUCUACUGGCUCCUGUUCAGUAUCUUAUUGCUACAAAGCUGGCAGACACACAGAAAUGUACUCUAGAACACUCCACUGACCGGCUGAAGAAGACAACAGAGAUUUUAAAGGGCAUAAAGCUGCUGAAGCUCUACGCCUGGGAGGACAUCUUCUGUGACAACGUGGAGCAAACCAGAGGCAAAGAGCUCACCAGCCUCAGGACGUUUGCUUUCUACACAUCCAUGUCCAUUUUCAUGAAUGCUGCAAUUCCCAUCGCUGCUGUUCUUGCUACGUUUGUGACGCAUCACUUCCUGGAUAAAACUGGUCCCACUUCCUCUGAGGCAUUCGCAGCGCUGGCGUUGUUCCACAUCCUGGUCACUCCGCUCUUCCUGCUCUCAACUGUCGUCAGAUUUGCCGUUAAGGCCCUCGUCAGCGUCCAGAAACUCAGCGAGUUCCUCCAGAGCGAUGAAAUCGGAGAUGACAGCUGGAGAAACGGGGACAUAUCCGUCUCCUUGGAUUCAGGGAAAAAGCUUUUGGGGAUGACCAAAGCCAUCAACAGGAAGCAGCCGAUGCGUUACCAGAUGGACAACUACGAGCAGCCAAGCAGGCGGCUGUUGAGACCCACGGAGACGGAGGAUGUGGCCGUAAAGGUGAGCAAUGGCUCAUUCACCUGGGGAAACAACCUGUUGACACUGUCAGACAUCAACAUUCGCAUCCCUACAGGUCAGCUGACGAUGGUUGUGGGUCAGGUGGGAUGUGGGAAGUCCUCUCUGCUGCUGGCCAUGCUCGGUGAGAUGCAAGCCAUCGAUGGACGAGUCUUCUGGAGCAAGCUGCCUGAUUGUGAGAUGGUCCACGAGGGGAACGUCAGUUGGUCAGAGACAGAGCAGUCUGAGGACGACGUCAGGAGCAAGAACAGGAACUCUGUGGCUUACGCGGCGCAGAAGUCCUGGCUGCUGAACGCCACGGUGGAGGAGAACAUCACCUUCGGCAGCCCGUUCAACAAACAGAGGUACAAAGCAGUGAUCGACGCCUGCUCUCUGCAGCCAGACAUCGACCUGCUGCCUUUUGGAGAUCAGACUGAGAUCGGGGAGAGAGGCAUCAACCUGAGUGGAGGUCAGAGGCAGAGGAUCUGCGUGGCCAGAGCUCUGUACCAGAACACCAACAUCGUCUUCUUGGACGAUCCCUUCUCUGCACUGGACAUCCACCUCAGCGAUCACCUGAUGCAAGAAGGGAUCCUCAAGUUUCUGCAGGACGAUAAGCGGACGGUGGUUCUGGUCACCCACAAGCUGCAGUAUCUCAUUCACGCAGACUGGAUCAUAGCGAUGAAGGACGGUUCUGUACUCAGAGAGGGAACCCUGAAGGACAUUCAGACUCAUGACACAGAGCUUUACGAUCACUGGAAAACUCUGAUGAACCGACAGGACCAGGAGCUGGAGAAGGAUAUCCAGCAGGACAGCCAGACCACCCUGGAGAGGAAAACCCUGAGGAGAGCGUUUUACUCCAGGGAGCCCAAGAACCAAAUUGAUGAUGAAGAUGAAGAAGAGGAAGAAGAGGAAGAAGACGACGAUAACUUUUCCACCACCACAAACAGACGAUCCAAGAUCCCCUGGAAGGUGUGCUGGUGUUACCUGUCCUCUGGUGGCUUCUUCAUGGUCUUUCUGAUGGUUUCCUCCAACUUCCUCAAACACUCUGUGAUUGUAGCCAUCGAUUACUGGCUGGCUCUCUGGACCUCGUCCAAAACCAACGAGAGUCUGAACUCUGGAUCAGACGCCUUUGUUGGAAACAUUUCCGCCGACAGCAGCAACACGACAAUCCCUCCUCCUGUUUCUGGGAUGGCUGAGGACUCGUACUAUCUGCCGGUCUUCAUCGCCCUGUGCGCUGCUGGAAUCACGUUAUGCUUCAUCACCUCGCUCGCUGUGGAGUUUCUGGGCCUUUCUGCAGCCACCAAUCUGCACCACAACCUGCUCAACAAGAUCAUCCACGCUCCAAUCAGGUUUUUUGACGUCACUCCUUUGGGACAAAUCCUGAACCGAUUCUCAGCUGAUACCAACAUCAUUGAUCAGCAUAUCCCUCCAACGCUGGAGUCUCUGACCCGAUCCACGCUGCUGUGUCUGUCAGCCAUCGGGGUCAUCGCUUCAAUCACGCCGACGUUUCUCAUCGCCUUGGUUCCCCUUGCUGUGGCCUUCUACUUCAUUCAGAAAUAUUUCAGAGUUGCUUCCAAAGACCUUCAGGACCUGGAUGACUCCACUCAGCUACCUUUGCUCUGCCACUUCUCUGAAACUGCAGAAGGCCUCACCACCAUCAGAGCCUUUAGACACGAGGCACGGUUCAAACAGCGAAUGCUGGAGCUGACCGACACCAAUAACACAGCUUACCUGUUUCUGUCUGCUGCGAAUCGCUGGCUGGAGGUCCGAACGGACUACCUCGGAGCAGUGAUUGUGCUGACGGCAGCCGUGGCUUCCAUACUGAGUUUCCAGUAUGGAUACCCUCUAGCCAACGUAGGACUGGUGGGCCUCGGACUCACAUACGCCCUCACUGUGACUAACUACUUAAACUGGGUUGUGAGGAACUUGGCAGACCUGGAGGUGCAGAUGGCAGCCGUGAAGAAGGUGAACAGCUUCCUCAGCACGGAGUCUGAGAACUAUGAGGGAUCUAUGGACUCCUCUCAGGUGCCUGAGAACUGGCCUCACGACGGUGAGAUAAAGAUCCACGACCUGUGUGUGCGCUACGAUCCCAUGCUCAAGCCGGUGCUGAAACACGUCAGCGCCUACAUCAAACCGGGCCAGAAGGUAGGGAUCUGUGGGCGAACAGGAAGUGGGAAGUCGUCUCUGUCGUUGGCCUUUUUCAACAUGGUGGAUAUUUUUGAAGGGAAGAUCGUCAUCGAUGGAAUCGACAUCUGUAAGCUUCCUCUGCAAACUCUUAGGUCUCGACUCUCCAUCAUCCUGCAGGAUCCGGUGUUAUUCAGCGGCUCAAUAAGGUUUAAUCUGGAUCCAGAGAGGACGUGCACUGAUGACCGCCUGUGGGAGGCGCUAGAGAUCGCACAACUGAAGAACAUGGUGAAAGCUCUUCCUGGAGGACUCGAUGCAAUGGUGACGGAAGGUGGAGAGAACUUUAGCGUUGGACAGCGGCAGCUCUUCUGUUUGGCCAGAGCCUUCGUUAGGAAGAGCAGCAUCCUCAUCAUGGACGAAGCCACAGCAUCUAUAGACAUGGCCACGGAAAACAUCUUACAGAAGGUCGUGAUGACGGCAUUCUCAGACAGAACUGUUGUAACAAUCGCACACCUUGUGUCCUCUAUCUUGGAGGCGGAGCAGGUGUUGGUCUUCUCCUCAGGGAUCUUGGUGGAAAGUGACUCAGGUCCCAACCUUCUAGCUCAGGAGGAGAGCCUCUUCAGUGCGUUAGUGAGGACUCACAAGUAGACCUGGAUCAGCUCAGACCUGACUCUGUCCGUCCUUCAUUUCUGUCCUCUUGUUUCAACCCCCUACCCGGCCGAGUCAGAGCUGGAGUCUGAGUCUGGGUCUGCUACAGCCUUACUGCCACUGGCUGCCUGCACCGUGUCCACACCAUCCUAACAGCUGAUCUGGUCAUAGUGAUGAAGAGAGGCGUCAUCCUGGAGUCCGGAACGCCGGAUGCUCUGUUGGAGCAGGAGGACGGGAUGUUUGCUUCCUUCGUCAGAGCCGACAUGUAAACCCACCGUCACCAUCAGGCAGGACGCUCGCCAGCGUUUUACUGGGAUCACUCUGAUUUGUUUAGUGUGAGGACAGCUGGGUCAGAGGCGAUGACGCAGCUCUUUAUAAAGAGUGAACGUUUUAAUUUUAUGUUAACUGUUUUUUCCCCCUCAUUUGCAUUUUGACACCGCAGGAAAAACAAAAAUUCAUCCUCAAAAAACUCAUUUUUGCAGCUUGAAUUCAGACAGAAACUCAAAGUCACCAAAAACUCAAAAAAACGUAAAAAUGAAGUAUUUUUACCACCAAACGUCAGAUAACGCCAGUCAAAACCCCCUGGAACAAUGCAUACGGACGCUUUAAAACGUUUUCACGUACGUUGCUCUUUAUUAAUCUGUUUUUAUGUUAGGAAUCAGUUAUUACUGGAUUUUUAGUUGGGGUAGAUUAAAACAUGGAGUCCAGUUUUAAAGAAACCAGCUGACAUUCAUCUUGGAUCGCUGGUAUGUUUAGUUUGAAUGAAUUUACUAAAACUUUAGAGUUGAGUCUGAACGUUCUGGCCCUUUGCGUAUCGGCAUUUCAAACUUCAGCUGGUUUUACAGAAACCUGUUGGGUUAAACGAUGAACAUUUCAAUAAAUGGUAAAUUGGUAAAUGGUCUGUAUUUGUUAUAGCGCCUUCUAGAGUCAAGGAACCCCUAAAGGCUGUUUAAAACACAACCAGUCAUUCACCCAUUCACACACACAUUCACACACUGGUGGGGAUGAGCUACGAUGUAGCCACAGCUGCUCUGGGGCGCGCUGACAGAGGCGAGACUGCCGAGCACUGGCGCCACCGGUCCCUCCGACCACCACCAGCAGGAAAGGGGUGUUAAGUGUCUUGCCCAAGGACACAGCGACAGACUGAGUGGGGCUCGAACCUGCAACCUUCUGAUUACGGGGCGAGCACUUAACUCCCCUGCCUCCGUCACCCCAAUCAAUGAUGAUUUCCAUUUAUUGAGGGAACAAAUGUCUCCGCCAGCCUGAUCGGUCAUCUCUCGCAUCACAGGGGUCAAAGGUUAGACAUUCUCCUUCAGGAUGAUCUGCUAGAGUUCAUGGUUCCAUCAGUUGAAACAGGUGAUCCAGGUUCUGAAGCAGCAGCGCAGCACCAGACCAUCUCACCUCCACCACCAUGCUUUAGUGUUAAUCCAUCCAGAUGGAAUGGGACAUACUCCUUCCAAAACGUUCCACGGAAUAUUUACCCGGGAGUUCUUGGGAUCAUCGGGAUGUUUUUAUUAAAUAUAAGACAGGUCUUUGUUGAAUCCUGAUCUCUGACCUUAACCUGAACCAGGUGAGGCCUGCCUGGAACGGAGCAGGGUGUGUUACUUUUUGAGAUCUUUGAGCCUACUUCCUGUCGUCAGACAAGUUCUGUUGAUCCGGUCUGGCUAUAGCUGGUUAAACGGGUUAAUCACAGUUGAUUCCUCUUUUUAAGAGGGGGCUGGUGAUAUUUUCACCCAGGACAGGCUGGUGUGAGAGAUUUGUUUCUCUUUAAUAAACUAAAUCAUCUUUUUUAGAACUUUUUCGUA